AGGAGGCUACCGCGGCCGGCCGGGGCGACGGCGGCUCGGGCUGCUGCUCCUUUCCUUUCGCGGCGGGCUCCUCGGGCGGCGGGAGCUCAGCUUGGAGCGGCAGGUCGGGGUCGAGGGGAGCCGGCGGCGGCGGCGGCAGCGGGGCCAGCUCGGCCCGGGGGAGCCCGAGCGAGGAGGAGCGACCGCGGCGGCGGGGGAGCCCCUGUGCCCGCACAGCGAUGGAGCGGAAGAGGUGGGAGUGCUCAGCUCUCCCCCAGGGCUGGAAAAGGGAAGAAGUGACCAGAAAGUCGGGUCUGUCAGCCGGCAAGAGUGAUGUCUAUUACUAUAGCCCGAGUGGGAAGAAGUUCCGAAGCAAGCCUCAGCUAGCCCGUUACCUGGGGAGCUCCAUGGACCUGAGCACUUUUGACUUUCGAACAGGGAAAAUGCUCAUGAGUAAGAUGAACAAGAAUCGGCAGAGGAUGCGCUAUGACUGUUCUAACCAAGCCAAAGGAAAACCAGAUUUAAAUACAGCACUCCCUGUCCGUCAGACAGCAUCCAUCUUCAAACAGCCUGUUACCAAGAUUACUAACCAUCCCAGUAAUAAAGUGAAGAGUGAUCCACAGAAGGCUGUGGACCAGCCUCGACAGCUUUUUUGGGAAAAGAAACUAAGUGGAUUGAAUGCCUUUGACAUUGCAGAAGAGCUUGUGAAAACAAUGGAUCUUCCUAAAGGUUUACAAGGGGUUGGCCCAGGUUGCACUGAUGAAACCCUCCUCUCUGCCAUUGCCAGCGCUCUGCACACAAGCACAAUGCCCAUCACUGGGCAGCUCUCAGCAGCUGUCGAGAAGAACCCUGGGGUGUGGCUUAAUACUUCCCAACCACUCUGCAAAGCAUUCAUGGUGACUGAUGAGGAUAUCAGGAAACAGGAAGAACUUGUACAGCAGGUGAGAAAGAGGCUGGAGGAGGCACUGAUGGCCGACAUGCUUGCUCAUGUGGAAGAGAUUGCCAGGGACGGGGAUGCCCCCGGAGAGAAGGGGGCUGCAGAAGAGGAGGAAGAAGAGGAAGAGGAGGAAGAGGAGCAGGACCAAGACCACGAGAUGGAGACUGUAUAGUCCAGGAACAUCCAGCCAAGAUUGCCGUGUAAAGCAGCAGCAGGGCCAGCACAACCAUUCCCAAAGCCAGACUGGCCAAGGACUAAACCGCAUCUACCAUACUUAGGAACCAGCUCCCUUGACCACUAGAGGAAAGAGUUGGGCAUCAGAGAGUAACUAUUUACUCUUUUGAAAGACACUUCCCCCUCUUUUCCCUUCCCACAUCAAAGGUGGGGAGGAGCUAAACGGGUUUAUGCUAGCCACACAAUCUCCCCUUCUUAUUUAGGGGUCACUAGUUCAGUAUGGUCAGUUUUCCCAGGCCUUUGGUACCUUUAACUUUUUGACCUAGGUUCGGCAUUUUCUCUUUCCUUCUGGGUCUUUUUUAAAGUAAGAGAGGUUCUUCUUCACUGCUUGGCCUCUCCCCAGUAUCCUGCUUGAUAAUACCCAACUCUUAAGAGAUCAUUUUUAUGUUUUGGACUGUUCCAUAUGUGAAUUCAGGUCAUUGAAUUUCAUGCCCAGACUGAUCUUGGGGAAGGUCAGGGAGUAAAAUAAGAGUGUGACACUCGGCCAACCUGCUUUUCCCAAACCCAGUGUCAGAAUUCCUUUAUGAAAUGUUCGGAACCGAAGCUAGUAUAAACUGGGAAGAUCUGCAGGAAUCCGAUUUACCUGUCAUGCUAAAUUUCUUCAAACUUACUCUAAUUCUGUAUUGUUCUUACGUUAUUCUGCAUUGAGGAACUCCGCUACCGACAGAGAUGCUCCCAGAGUAGCCUGUUCCCAGGGUCCUCAGCAUCCCGUAGGUGGGGUAGCAGAAGAGAGAAGUGGUCUAUGAAAUGUUCAGUGUGAUUACUCAAGUGAGGUUGGGGAAGUGUUUCCAAGCAAAACUGAAGAUCCAUCAGGGAGAAGAGAGGGCCUUGAUUCUGGUGCCAGGACUUCCGCCCCUGCAGGAGAGCAGAAGUGGAAGGAGUCGCCUUUAGUUUGUUUGCACGACUACACAGUACAUGAAACUGUGAUAGUCUCACCCUCAUUUUAAAAGAGUUCACCUUUCCAUAAUAAAUUGAUAAUAUCAACUAAAUCGAAUCCUUUUUUGAACAUUUUAACCUUUUGUAUUUGCUGUGCAUUGAAAUGAACUUUGGCCUUUGUUGAAGAGAAAUGAAAUGUAGUCAAACUGCCUUAAUGGAGUUCUGAAUUCUCAGUCGGAUAUGGGAAUCUAGAACUCUCACACCAUCUCUCUAUGCAGCUGCUUGAGAUUCAGACAUAGAAGUAAUCGUAGACACAGAUUCUCCCUCUCCUCCCUCUUCUAGCAUGAGUUGCUUAGGGGUAGGGGGAAUGACAGCCCCAAUAUCUUCUGGCACACACUUCUCACCUGUAAGCUCUGCCAUGAUCUUGUGGGCAGUUUAGAGGAGAAUAUUUAUUAGAAUUACAGAGCUGGAGAACUUAGAGACAGCCUUAUUGUUAAACAAGUGACAAAACAGAUGUUUGGUGAAGUGAUCUGGGAGGUGAAUGAGUGACUUGGCCAAGGUCACGCAGCCAUUUAGUACUGAGGUGCAAAAGCUGCCUCUGGCAUAAUGGGUUAGUGUGUCAUACCCCUUAAGAGCCAUGUAAUGUCUUUCCAUCUAACAACUUAAGAUUUUUUUUUUGGAAAGACAUUUUCCCUGUUUAGCUCUUGAGAAAGCCUUAGGCAUUUCCAGAAAGACAUAACUUGGGUGUCUAAAAACACUAAUAAUAAACUGCCUAAAAAAGGUCAUGUUGUUUCAAUCCCCUGCCCCAAUACCUCUCAGUUCUGUGCCUCUGAGUGCCUUGGGAAGAAGGGCACAUUAACAUUGGUUGACAACUACAAUGGCCACUACUGUGGGUGGGGGUAAAGAUGUUCUUCCGCGGGCUGAGUGAUUUCUUUUUCUGCUGGGACUUGACUGGCAAGAGAGAAGACUUGGAAAACAUCUGUCUUCUCUGUAGUCAGAUGACGCCCGCCACAAGACUCAAGUUCUCCCUGUCUUUGGAAAGUUUAAAUUGAAACCAGCAUUCUUCUGUCUUGGCAGCAUGAAUAUUUUUCUGCAGACCGUUUUGCUGCCCCCACGUCCUCUCCCAGUUCCUGACACAAAAAUUCAAAUGGUGAGAUCCACUCUGGAGGACAAUCUGAUGUGCCAGUUUCUGAAGUUCUGUCUGAGAAGGCACCAGAAGGACAAGAGCAGCAAGCCUUUUCCUUGCCUGGCCUCCUCUAACUUAAUCAUGGACAAGCGUGGAACUUGCUCUGGAUCUUCUGGGGUGGCGUUUUCAAGAUUUUUACUGAGCAUGUAGAUGCCUGCAAGACAAGCUCCCUCCCGAGGUCUACGUUCUUGGUACCACAGAUUGUAGACUGGACUGGACUGAGGAAGUUGUCAAAAAUUCGGUAAUUUAUCAUGAAAUGUAGAGGGCAGUGUUAAUCCAGAUUUGACUCUGCCCCCAUGUAGCCCUUUUCUGAUACUCUUCCUUCUCUUAUCUCUAGUUAAUAAUCUUUUGGGGUUUUUGCUAGUACAGAAAAAAAAGGCAAAUCUGGAUCAGUAUAGAGCGUAGUAUUUGUAAAAUGCCCGGGAUUCCUAGUUAUGCCCCUGCUUAUGCCAAUUUGCAAAAAAAAUGGGCAUUGGGAUGAGGCUGUCUUUUCAUCAUGAUGUUGUUAUUUGCUGUCUCUCCUGAGCCCUGUCCCCUUCCUUCACUCGUUUAUAAGUGAUUGUCCUCACUGGUCAGAUAAGCAAUGAGGGGUUUUGCAUGACCAGUGGGGCUUGGUGAUGAAGUGUUCACCACCCAGCGUCUAAGAUGCCCAUCUUACCGGGUGUGUUGGUGAAAUGUGUGUGUAUUGAGGAAGCUCAUGAAAACUACUUCUAGGGAUCAUAUGUAGUUCUUUGUUGUUGGAGGGUUUUCUAAUGUUCUUUCCCACCCUACAGAAGUUGCCAUCAGUGAACUCACUAGAAAAACCAAUAAUAAUCCCUGUUUCCUCACCCGCCCUCCUCAGACUUGGUAACUGUGGAGAAGAGGAGUUGACUUUAAGCAUCGUGGCGGGUGAAGGGGAAUUAGGUAAGGUUUGUCAUUUUAUUUUAUCAAAGCACAAUUGCCAAGCAGAGCCACCUGCUACCUGAACCUCGGGGUAGGAUGGUCAUUGGGCCAGUUUGCCUUGUAAAUGCUUUUUAUGUCAUUAGAGCGAUAACUUCCACAGGUGUCACACUUGUACUGUCGAUUGGACACUGAUGGCCUAGAAGUCCCCAGCUCGUCACAGGCUUCCUUCCUGAGAGAUGAGGCCAUCGAAAGGAAGAAUGGGUAGUGACAUGUGCCUCUAGACUGUCGCUAUGCCACAUCCAUUGUUUGGGGCUUUGUAUUUUUACAUAGGAAUUGUGUCUCGUUUCCUUCUGUGCCCUAUCUACUGACCUUUCCAGCUGGUUGGGGGCCAUUUCAGCAGAGGACAUGACUUCAAUUUUUUUGCAGGGGGAAACUUUGAAAUUGCCAUUUUGUUCCACCUCAUACCUACUAUUACUGCUAGUUGAAUUGACAACAGUGUUAUGGACUUUGAAAGCAGCAUGGCUGAGACAGCUGGGGGAUGGUAAGAGGACAUGGAAGCUGGAAGCCACCUGCUGAGCAAUCCCAGGGUGCUUCAGUGACCAUACAGUCCCCAUGUGGACAUGAAGUCAGGUUGAAGCUUUUCAUUCCCUUGUUUGGAAUUUGGAGAGUUUGGUGCUGAUAUGAAGAGGGUGAUUGUAAGCAUUUUCUCCCUUUAAUGUGUGUUUUUGUAACUAUAAACAUUUGAAUAAAUUACCCUUGUAUGGGAAGGUGA